GCAGCGGCAACCCCGGAGUGGGAGGGGGAAAGUCGGAGGCGAGAAGUCGCAGAGGAAAGGGGACGGGAAGAGGGCGGAAAGUGAAGGGCCUGGCGAGCCUCUCUGUCCCCGAUCCCGCUCAGUUCUCGACUGCUCCGGGCCGGCGUGGUAUUGUGGGAUCGCGGCGCCCGGCCCGCGCCGCUCGCCUCCGCAGGGGCGUCCACUCGAGAGCGCCUCCUGUCGCCCGUAAGGCUGCCCUGCCAUUCCUCGGCCCCCCAACUCCGCCCGCCCCCCAUCCCCUCCUCCUCCAUCCUCCAGUUCAAAAUGGCGACGGCGGCGGCGGCGGCGGCGGCAGCGGCGAUGGCUCCUCCGGGCUGCCCGGGUUCGUGCCCCAACUUCGCCGUAGUCUGCUCCUUCUUGGAACGCUACGGGCCGCUGCUGGACCUGCCCGAGCUGCCGUUCCCGGAGCUGGAGCGGGUGCUGCAGGCGCCGCCGCCGGACCUCGGCAACGGGGAAGUACCAAAAGAAUUGGUGGAGCUCCAUUUGAAGUUGAUGAGGAAGAUUGGCAAAUCUGUUACAGCAGACAGAUGGGAAAAAUACUUGAUCAAGAUAUGCCAAGAGUUUAACAGUACCUGGGCAUGGGAGAUGGAGAAGAAAGGCUAUCUUGAAAUGAGUGUUGAGUGCAAGCUAGCCCUCUUAAAGUAUCUCUGUGAGUGUCAGUUUGAUGACAAUCUUAAAUUCAAGAAUAUAAUUAAUGAGGAAGAUGCUGAUACUAUGCGUCUCCAGCCAAUUGGGCGAGACAAAGAUGGCCUCAUGUACUGGUACCAGUUGGAUCAAGACCACAACGUCAGAAUGUACAUAGAAGAACAAGAUGAUCAAGAUGGCUCUUCUUGGAAAUGCAUUGUCAGAAAUCGAAACGAAUUGGCUGAGACUCUUGCACUCCUGAAAGCACAAAUUGAUCCUGUACUAUUGAAACACUCUAGCCAACAGGAAGACUCUUCCCGGGAAAGCCCCACCCUAGAGGAUGAGGAGACUAAAAAAGAGGAAGAAACACCUAAACAAGAGGAAUCAAAGGAAAAUGAAAAGACAAAAGUUGAUGACCAGUCAUUAGAUUCCGGAAAGCAUUGUGUGGCCAGUGUUCUAGAAGAAACAGCUGUGAAAAUUGAAAAAGAAGAUGAAAAGGAGCUCGUGAAACUGCCAGUCAUUGUAAAGCUAGAAAAACCUUUGUCAGAGACUGAGGGGAAAAAGAUUAUCAGAGAGGAAAGUGAUUCCUUCAAGGAAAAUGUCAAACCCAUUAAAGUAGAAGUAAAGGAGUGCAGAGUGGACUCAAAAGAUCUCAAAGGCAGCUUGGAGAGGACAGGCACACAGGAACCCGAGCGGGUAGAAUUUGGUGGCAACAUCAAAUCUUCUCAAGACAUCACAGAGAAAUCUACUGAGGAAACAGAGAAGCUUAAAAAUGACCAGCAAGCCAAGAUACCACUAAAAAAACGUGAAAUUAAGCUGAGUGAUGACUUUGACAGUCCAGUCAAAGGGCCUUUGUGUAAAUCAGCUACUCCAACAAAAGAGUUUUUAAAAGAUGAGGUAAAGCAAGAGGAAGAGACUUGUAAACGGGUCUCUGCCAUCAGUGCUUUGAGUCAUGAAGGGAAACAACUUGUAAAUGGAGAAAUUAGUGAUGACAAAGCAACUCCAAAUUUUAAGACAGAACAAAUGGAAACACAACUUUGUGAUACAAAGGAAGAUCACUCUAACAUCCCUUCUAAGGAAGGAAAUGCCAUUCUGGAGGGAAAUGGUGCAGAGUGCUUAAAUUCUGUCAUAAUAAGCACAAAGACAAGUGAGUUUGAGAAAGAGGUCCCUCUAGGCAAGGCUAUAGAUAGCUCUGUGCCUGUCUUAGAGAGCCACAGUCAGAAAAGAGGGUUAGAGGAGCCUGGGCCUCCAAACACGGAAAUGCAGCUUGAGCCUCCUGAGAAAGCAACAGAUAUUUCUUCAAAACCUCCUUUAUCUGCCACUGAAUCCAGCAAUACAAAAGUUGAAGAAAAGGCCCCAAAAAGUAAGACUGAGAACCACACACCAGGCAUUGAAUGCCUGGAAAAGGUGGAGAAGGCCAAGAAGACUUUGGUUGAUAAGGACAUACAAAGAUUGAGUCCAAUACCAGAAGAGGCUGUAAGGAGUGCUGUAGAAUCGGAAAAGCCAGAUCCUUUCGAAGUGCCCGAAACUCCCCUUCCACCUGAGGUGACUGAUCCCAAGGAGAAACUGACUUCAGAAAGAAAAGGUGUAGAAUGUCUAAGUAGAGGUUCAAGUGAAGGUCAGUCCCUUGAAAGCGCAAGCCCAGAAAUUCUACAAGACAAUUCUGAGUCCUUGAAGGUGGAAAUGGCCAAUCUGGACAAUGCCCAGGCCUCUGGCAUGGAGGAUGUUUCUGAGACAAAGGGCUCGGUGCAAAAAAGCAAAUUUAAAUAUAAGUUAGUUCCUGAGGGAGACAGUGCUGCUUCAGAAAAUACAGAGAUCACUUCUGAAAGGCAGAAGGAAGGCAUCAAAUUGACAAUUAGGAUAUCUAGUCGGAAGAAGAAGCCAGAUUGUCCCCCACAAAUUGUUGACACUGAAAGCAAGGAAAAGAAGGUGGGGAAGGAAGAAGAGAAAACAAGCCUGGGCCGAACUUUAAGAAGGUCUCCGAGAAUAUCUAGGCCCACAGCAAAAGUAGCUGAGAUCAGAGACCAGAAAGCCGAUAAGAGAAGAGCAGAAGGAGAGGAUGGAGUGGAAGGAGAGGCUGCAGCCUUGCAGAAAGCAGAAAAGAAGGAACACCUGAAAAAAGCAGAAAAGGAUGCAAAUUCUAAAGUGAGCAAGGUAAAACCCAAAGGCAAAGUUCGAUGGACUGGCUCUCGGACACGCGGCAGGUGGAAAUACUCCAGCAAUGAUGAAACUGAAGGGUCUGACAGUGACAAAUCCUCUGCGGCCUCAGAAGAGGAGGAAGCAAAGGAAAGUGAAGACGCAGUUCUUCCAGAUGAUGAUGAACCAUGCAAAAAGUGUGGCCUUCCGAACCAUCCAGAACUCAUUCUUCUGUGUGAUUCUUGUGACAGUGGAUACCAUACUGCCUGCCUCCGCCCUCCUCUGAUGAUCAUCCCUGAUGGAGAAUGGUUCUGCCCUCCUUGCCAGCAUAAACUACUGUGUGAAAAAUUAGAAGAACAGUUGCAAGAUUUGGAUGUUGCCUUAAAGAAGAAAGAGCGUGCAGAAAGAAGGAAAGAACGUUUGGUGUAUGUUGGUAUCAGUAUUGAAAACAUUAUUCCUCCACAAGAGCCAGAUUUUUCUGAAGAUCAAGAAGAAAAGAAAAAAGAUGCAAAAAAAUCCAAAGCAAAUUUACUUGAAAGGAGAUCAACAAGAACAAGGAAAUGUAUAAGCUACAGAUUUGAUGAGUUCGAUGAAGCAAUUGAUGAAGCUAUAGAAGAUGAUAUUAAAGAGGCGGAUGGAGGAGGAGUGGGCCGAGGAAAAGAUAUCUCCACCAUCACGGGUCAUCGUGGGAAAGACAUCUCUACUAUUUUGGAUGAAGAAAGAAAGGAGAAUAAACGGCCCCAGAGGGCUGCUGCUGCUCGCAGGAAGAAACGCCGGCGACUUAAUGAUCUGGAUAGUGACAGCAACCUAGAUGAAGAAGAGAGUGAGGAUGAAUUCAAGAUCAGUGAUGGGCUGAGACGGCACCCUUCUCGGCCAAUGAGGCAAAGCAGGCGUUUGCGGAGAAAGAUUCCAAAGAAAAAGUACUCUGAUGAUGAUGAAGAGGAAGAAGAGUCUGAGGAGAAUAGUAGAGACUCUGAAAGUGACUUUAGCGAUGAUUUUAGUGAUGAUUUUGUAGAAACCCGGCGAAGGCGAUCAAGAAGGAAUCAGAAAAGACAAAUCAACUACAAAGAAGAUUCAGAAAGUGAUGGUUCCCAAAAAAGUUUACGGCGUGGUAAAGAAAUCAGGCGAGUUCACAAGCGCAGGCUUUCGAGCUCAGAGAGUGAAGAGAGCUAUAUGUCCAAGAACUCUGAAGGUGACGACCUAACAAAAGAACCUAAGCGCUCUGUUCGGAAACGGGGCCGAAGCACAGAUGAAUAUUCAGAAGUGGAUGAAGACGAUGAAGAGGAAGGCAAACCAUCCCGCAAGCGGCUACACCGGAUUGAGACAGAUGAGGAGAGCUGUGACAGUGCUCAUGGAGAUGCAGACCAGCCUGCCCGGGACAGAGUCCUGCCCUCAGAGCAGGAGAGCAGCAAGAAGCCCUACCGGAUAGAGAGUGAUGAGGAAGAGGACUUUGAAAACGUGGGCAAAGUGGGGAGCCCAUUGGACUACAGCCUAGUAGACUUACCUUCCACCAAUGGCCAGAGUCCUGGCAAAGCCAUUGAGAACUUGAUGGGCAAGCCAACUGAGAAGUCCCAGACCCCCAAGGACAAUGGCACAGCCAGUGCAAGUCUAGCACCCAAUGGGACAAGUGGUGGACAGGAGGCCGGGGCGCCAGAAGAGGAGGAAGAUGAGCUUCUGCGAGUGACUGACCUUGUUGAUUAUGUCUGUAACAGUGAACAGUUAUAAGACUGCUUUCCAUUUUUGUGCUAAUUUAUUCCACGGUAGCUCUCACACCAGCGGGCCAGUUAGUAAACGCUGUUUAAUUUCAAAAAACAAACAAAAAACAAAAAACUCCACUACAGAACGACUUUUUAGAAGAAAAAUUUCAACAAAUCUUGAAGUCUUUCUGUGAAGUGACCAGUUUUGAACUUUGAAGAUUAAUAAUUGCUGUAAAUUCCUUUUGAUUUUCUUUCUUUCCAAGUUCAUGGUCCUUGGUAAUUUCAUUCAUGGGAAAAAAAAAUCUUAUUAUAAUAACAACAAAGAUUUGUAUAUUUUUGACUUUAUAUUUCCUGAGCUCUCCUGACUUUGUGAAAAGGGUAGAUACGAAUGCAUUCCAAAUCUGUGAGGGCCCAAAACAGAAUUUAGGGUGGGAGAAAGCACUUGUGCUUUAGCUUUCAUAUUAAAUAUAUAUUAUAUUUAAACAUUCAUGCCAUAGAUGAUGAUUAACAAACUGUUUAAAAGUUCGAGUCUGUACUGUUGCAGUUUGAGUAUUGUAGACAACAUCGUACAUACGUCACUUAGUAAUAGCCUUCGUGAAAUCAACUUGUUUACUAUUGGAGUUAAACACUUUAAAUAAAGAAGAGACCAUGGAAGCACCAUCAUAAAACACUUUAACCUAAGUUUCUGUUUAUAGCAGAGUUUCUUGUUUAAGAAAAAAUCAUCUGAAAAGCAUUUGUAUAGUACAAUGUAUAAUGAAGCUUUGACAACCAGAUUGUGCUAACAGAAAGUCAUUUAAAUAGCUUUUAUGCUGUUGUAAUAAGGUGGCGGCCUCUACUACACUUGGCCAGUUGGGGAUUUGGUGAAGUGAGUGAUCUCUCCUAAAAUUCAGGUACACUAUAUUUGCCAGUAGUGUUAACUCUUCAGGCCACGUGGUGUUAACCAUCUGAGAUGUCAUUUUGAGUAUAAUACAUCUAAGCAUAACAUACAUGGUGAUGCUAAGCUAACAAUGGUAUUUUAGUACAUUGAAGACUGAGAAGGAUUUUUCAGGUGAAUUUUUAACUGGUCUAUUCUUGCCCUUAGUAUCUACUUCAAAUUGAAGUCUACAAACAAAGCAGUUCCUUUGGGAGAUUUUUAGUUUUAAAUUUUAAGCAUGUGUGUAGUAUGUGAUUGUGGUGUGUGUGUGUGUGUGUGUGUGUGUGUGUGUGUGUGUGUGUGUGUGUUGGAAUUUUCUAUCUGCCUGAAUACAUUAGCAGGGUUUGAAUGUAGUUCUGGCCUUUGGCCAUUAUAUACUUCUAUUAAAAUCCAUUAAUAGUCACCCAACCAACAGAAUUGAAUGAGAACCGCUGAUAUACUUAAUAAACAUAACUUCCAUUUUAAACAUCUCAACACUUUAAGGAUAAGCCCUUUGCUUCAAGAAUAGGCGGUUUUUAAAUUAAAUAAUGUAACAUAGCUGACACUAAAAUAUGAACUUACAUCUUAGUUUCUGUUACAGUUGUGAAGUUUCAGGCAUAGCUCUAACCUUGUAUAGCUGUAGCGUUUGUGAUUCACCUUGCCUGGCACAUCCUGAAGCCUUCACGUUGCUUCAGUGCGUGCUUUUGCCCUGGGAUUCGGGUUUUCUGUUCCAGUGUUGUCUGUUGCCGGCAAUAGACGUAUUGUUGCUGGCUCAAGAAAUUUCAUUUUUCUUUUCUGAUUAAGCAUUAUAUGUAGUAGUCGGUGUACAGUAAGCCACUUUUUUAUUAUUAAAAGCUGGCAUUAGACUUGUGUCAUAAAGACCUCUCUGGAAACUUUAUGCUCCUACUUUCUGUUGCUCAACAGAUAGUGCCCUUACAUCUUAUCUCCUGGCCUUUAAAAUUUAGUGCUGAUUUUGUAGUUACUGAAUUUUGGCUCCACUUUAGUCCCAUAGAACUUGAGUGUUAAUGUUUGCUUUGCUCGUGGUGGUGAGCUUGCAUUUGUGUAAUAAUAGAGCAGUGAAAGCAGCCUACAAAUGAGGGCGCAGCAGCCACUGACAGAGCCAGCUGAGGAACAGUGUUGUGCUUGAAGGACAGGGCAGGCUGACAUUCACGGGCAGUAAAGGACUAAAAAGGAGCCACAUUCACUUGCAAAGCUUACUUUCUAGCUGUUGUUUUACUUGAAAAUCAGCUAAGAAUAAACUUUUGAACUGUUGGAAACAGGCAGGCAGAAGAGUUCGUACUUGUGUGUGGUAAGUGGUUCCUGCUACCAGGCUCAGAAGGUUUCAGUCCUGCUGCCAGGUGAAGCCACUGUGGUGUAAGAAAUCUCCCAUGUGCCUGUCUACCUCUGCACACACCAGCUCUUGCAUCCACCUAUCAGCUCUAGUCAUCGAUUAAACAGAUGGUUAGAGGUAGGAAAUGGGUAGCUAACUCAACAGCAUGCGGAAUGUGAAGUAACUUACCCUGCUAUGGAAAACCCGCAGUAAUCUUUACAGUAAGACUGAGUAUUUCACUUAGCAAUUGUCCCACUGACAUGGGUUUCAAAACCACUUGUGCUACCUGAUCCUUACUAAACUUGAGUGUCAACUUGAUACUGAGUGUCUCCCUUCUAACCUUACAUUCUCAUUACACCAACUGGCUAUCAAGAGUAAUCCAGGCAGCUAACACACACCAGUUCUUAGUAACCCAGCCAGUUCUGUUGCUCGGCUUUGUUGUUGUUUCUGUUCAGGCUGGAGAUCAAGUCCAGGGCCUCAUGCAUGCUGGCUAAGUGUUCUAACACUGAGCUAGAACUCCUGCCCUGCUUAAUGUUUAGAUUCAGUCCCUCAAAGUUUGCUAUUUCUCAGAAAUACUCACGUGGAAGAUGUUCCCAAAGAGGUUUCUGUUGCUGCUGUCAAAUAAAUGUUCUGUAUCAAAAAUUCUGAUGCAACCAUUAAGAACUGGAGAAUGGAAAGGAAAACAGUCAUGUAGAGGGUAGACUAUCUUCAGUCCUUGAUAGGUUCAGAUUUACAGUAAGUCUAUAGAAUAUUUCCCUUUCAUAACUUUAGUGACCCCCUCCUACCUUUUGAACUGCAAGUGUUGAACUUGUAUCAAAGGGCUCCCAGUAGCAGACUCUUAGUCUACAGCAUAUGCGUUAAGAGAAAACAUAGUAUUCAAACUGUUUAGUUUGCCAUUUUAGUAAAGUUUGAAAACUAGCCAGAUUUUUACAGUUCAAGACCUUAGAAUUGAAAUAGCGUAUGAAAAGGACUCAUUAACAACACAUUAAGGUUUCCUUGGCAACUUUUUCCAGUGGUCAAAGUUGUACAUUCAGAAGACAAAAAGUUUCAUUAAGAAUGAAUUCAUAUUUACUGGUAACUUAUUUUUUAAAAAGUGAUCUGCCAAAGAACUUCAGAUACUAACUGUUACGGGGAAGUAGAUUUUAUUUUUUAAUGUUGUUAUCCACUUUUUACUGUGUAGUUGAUAGAGCCUAUCCUACGUAACAGACAUUUAAGUAAAAUACAUGUACUAGGGAAACAGACACUUGUUUAAUCAGUUAAAAUUAUGGAGAAUGUGUUAGUUUUUUAAGGGGGAUGGGUGGCGUUCCCUCUGACUAGGAAUGCCUGUUUGGCCUCCUUGGUAGGCAUGAAGUGUUAGCCAUUCUCUGAUUGUUCUACCAGAAGAAUAAAGCACCUAAGGGGUCUCUAACACUCAGAAAAUGUUCUUACUCCACUGCAGCUGCCACAGCAAAGCAGGCAGGUCUCUAGUUCAGGGUGGUGGUUCAGCUUUAGAACAAGUGUUCAAUGGUUUUUCUUAAGAGGAAAUGUGUAUAUAUGCACAUUGUGGAUAACUACUAGAAUAUUGAAUCAUCAUGAACUUACUAAAUAUAUGGCAAAUAGUUGUGACAAAAUAAUGAAUAUACUUUCAACAAUAGAAAGUUUAAAGAGAAAAUCAGUUUUUCUUGAGGGUUUGACAUUCUCAAAAUAGAUUUCUGGUUCUCUUAGAAAGCAGAGAAUGCCAAGACCACAUGUAUGCUGUAAUCAACAUAGUCCUUAUCUGGUUAAUAUGAUCAAUUAUUGAACUCCCAAUAAAACUCAUUCCUAUUUUAUCCACCAUUCCCACUGUAAACCUUGGAAAUGGCAAGCAACCUAGCUUCUGGUUUAUUUCCUCACUGCUUUUAUCCUAAUCCUGAAAGGAUUGCUAUUCUGUUUUUAAACUGAAUUACUGUGUUAUGCUUCCACUUAAUUUUGAACAUCUUUCGCUCCACCCUAAAUUAUUUAACAUUUUUUGAGUGCCAAGGUUUACCAGAUAACUUGCUGCAUAACACUGAGGACAAGUCAUUCCCAUGUAAACAGUCAUACACCAAAAUAAGGUAGACUUGAACUGCUUUAGAUUGUACACUCAACAGUUAUUCAGACAAACCCUCUCAAAAGUCGGUCAGAACAGAGUUCCCGUGAAGUUUUUUCACUCCUUUUGGUUAUAGAUACAACUCCCUGCCCACUUCACAUGCAUACCACUUUGCUCCAGGAGCUGCUGUCCUGGCACACACUAGUGGGGUUUUUACCUUAAUGUAGGUCUGUCUGUCCUGUACACACGGUGUGUGAUAGAACAGAAAUUACCAGAUGAGUAGGGCUUUACUAAGCUCUAAGCAAACACUUUGAAUGAGAACAAAAAAAUUAAGGAACUGUAUUUGUGGGUUUUCUCUCUCAUUUUUUUUUUUUUUCCAAACUGGUACAAGCUAGAAAAUGUGCGAAGGACUGAAUAAUCUGCCUUGUUCUUUUUGCCACUGGAUUAUGUAAGUUAAGAAUGAGCUUGUUUAACUAUAUAAUUUUUUUUUUUACUCAUCAGUUUCAGAAAGAGCCUCAGUUAAGUGGGGUUUGUUUGGUCUGUAUUUAUUGCAUCCUGGCCAUGGACCAGGAGCCUGCAUGGUAUGUUUAUGGACAGCCAGAACACAGUCAUGUGGAACUUAAUGGCUCAAGAUCUUUUAAACCAUUUAACUUAUUUUGUACGUUGCAAAAAAGAAAAAAAAAGUUUAUUUUGCUUGAGAAUCACAUUUUUUUAUAACUGUACAGCUUUUAAGGGAUGGGAGGUCGGGAAAUACCCUAAAAUAGGAUGUAGAUUUUUACAGUUGUGUUUAUGCUAGAACAUCUAUGGGAGCAUUAUGUAAUUAAACCUCAAGUUGUUUAAAACCUUGUGCCAUGGUCUUUUUCGUUCUGUUGCCCUCUAGUAGAGCUGGUGCAUGUCAGUACUGCGCUGCUGUUGCGUCAAGCCUUGAGAUUAGAUGAAAACAUGUUCCAAAGCUUUCAUAUCAUUGCAUGAGCACAACUCCCCCUGUGCCCACAUACACAGGAGGGAGAGAGGGAGAGAAAUACAGUUCCUGUUUGUAUAAAUGGGUCUUCAGGAUCAGUAUAACUGUAACAUCCAGAACCUGGCAAUCUGUGGCCUAUUCUUUCAGUGCAUGACUUUGUGGUGCCUGUCUAGGGUGUCGUCGAUGUUGGUGUGUUUUGUUCUCUUAUCAAAGUAGCUUCUUGAUCAUAGUGUCUGGAUAGUACCCUGCCCAAAACUCUCAUUCAAUUUCAUGUGCACUUUAAGAAGGGAUGUCCUAUGUUGAGAUGGAGGUGGGAAUGGGGCAGGGCUAGUUUCUCAUGUAUAAGAGAAGGAAAAACUAGAAUUGUUUGAUUAUACUGUAUAUUUUCCUAAUGCCACACAAAUAAUCUGCUGAAACUUGGCAGGAAGGGAAAUGACAUUCAAUUUUCAAUCCUUCCUUCUUUGGUAAAUAAUUUUGUAAUCUCUCAAACUGCUGCUGCUGGCAGUCUCCCACAGCACAUUUUACCAUGCCAUAACCACACCUUUUUAAAUGCCAGUUUUUUGUUUUGUUUUUUGUAAUUUCUUUGUUUGUAUUUCAAGACAGAGUUUUCCUGUGUAGCCUUGGCUGUUCAGGACUCACUUUGUAGACCAGGCUGGCCUCGAACUCACAGCAGUCUGCCUGCCUCUGCCUCCCCAAAUGCUGGGAUUAUAGGUGUGUGCCACUGCGUCCAGUAGAUAUCUGGUAAUUUUAUCAUUCUGAUUGACUACCUGGAUAGCAUAACUGUAUUCUUAUAAGGGAUUAAGUUCAUCUAAAUGUGUCAUAAUUUCUAAGUAACCAUCUGUGGGCAACUAUUUGGGAAAUAAUUUUCUUUGCUAUCUUCACCCAUUUAAAAGCGUAGGCACCAUGAGUUUCAAUGUGAAGAGUAUAAAUUCCAGAUAAGCAUUUGUAAAUUGUCUUAUUUCCAGGAAGCAUCUGGUCAGAACAUGUCUUAGAUUUUCAGAUUGCUUAUUUGAAACACUUUAUUUUCCCUAUGCAUAAAAGAAAAAUAUUGCUGGAGUAGUUCUCAAAAUACUGUUUUAUAUGAGAGCUUACGCAGAAGCUCCAAGACUAGCAUCGCACUAACUCUUGAGGUAAUCAUGCUGCUGGGUGAAGAGACGUUUUAGUGCACUGUCACAUGAUAAUAAUGUAGCAUCACACGAGGAGGUGCAAAAAGAUCUGGAAACAUGAUUCCGAUAACACAGGUAAAGUUUAUGUAUGAAAGGUAUGCCUGAGAACUUAAAGCUUCAGAGUAUGAGAACUGCAGUGCAUAGUUGUUUAAAUAUAAUAUUCCUGUGACAACCAAAAUAUGUUGUGGCUGGUGCCAAUAUUUUCAUUAAUGAAAUGUUGGAUUGUCUCAUUACAGUCUGAUCAAAAUUCUCAAUGUGAUAAGCCAGGCCUAAGCCAUUUUUAUAGCUAUUGGCCUAACUAUGUAACUUUUUUCCCAAAUGUUUUAUUAUAAUACUUGUCAUUUCUUUCACUUAAUAUAUGUCAAUUGUCAUAAUAAAAAGUUUAAAU